GCCGCCGCUUGAUGCUCCCCAAUGUUAGCCGUGGGGCAGAUGGAGGCUAACCGCCAGGGCGCCUUCGUGCUCAGCAGUACGCCGCUGGCCGCGCUGCACAACAUGGCCGAGAUGAAGACCUCCCUCUUCCCGUACGCCCUGCAGAGCCCGGCCGGCUUCAAAGCCCCCGCGCUGGGCGGCCUCAACGCGCAGAUCCCUCUGGGCACGCCGCACGGAAUCAGCGACAUCCUGGGCAGACCCGUGGCCGGCGCCACCGCCGGCAACCUGCUCUCCGGCCUGCCCCGCCUGAACGGACUGGCCACCGCGGCAGCCGCGGGGAUGUAUUUUAACCCGGCCGCCGUCUCCAGAUACCCGAAGCCCUUGGCCGAGCUGCCCGGCCGGCCGCCCAUUUUCUGGCCCGGAGUUAUGCAGGGAUCGCCCUGGAGGGACCCCCGGCUCGCCUGUCCCGCCCAGGCUGGGAUGGUUUUGGACAAGGAUGGCAAGAAAAAACACUCCCGACCGACCUUCUCGGGCCAGCAGAUUUUUGCGCUGGAGAAAACCUUCGAGCAGACGAAAUACCUGGCCGGUCCAGAGAGAGCCCGCCUCGCCUACUCGCUGGGGAUGACGGAAAGUCAAGUCAAGGUCUGGUUCCAGAACCGGAGGACCAAGUGGCGGAAGCGGCACGCAGCCGAAAUGGCCUCGGCCAAGAAGAAGCACGACUCGGAGACCGAGAAGCUGAAGGAGGGUUCAGAGAACGAGGACGACGAUGAGUAUAACAAGCCCCUGGACCCCAAUUCGGACGACGAGAAGAUCACGCGGCUCCUCAAGAAGCACAAAGCGGCCGCGGUCGCCGCCCCGCUGGCCCUGCUCAGCCCCUGCAGCAACGCCUCGGACCCCUCGUGACGGGGGGCCGGCCCUCGCGAGCCUCCCCGCCCCUCCUCUCCUCUCCGCCGGCCAAGCAGGGUAGUCGACGCCAGCCCGGCCAGCUUCGGGACUGGCCGCCGCAACGUCUUGUACAGCCCGCACGUCGGGAAAGUCACGUCUGUAUAUAUAUAUUUUUACCGAAUAAGUUAUGGCAAUGAAUGGCCGCCCUUUCUCUCCACCGGUGUACGUUGCGCGGGAAGGAAAGAAGGAAGCUUUCCGAUUCCAGCCUCCGUCGGGCGACGCCUUGGUUUCUUUGCCGCCCAGCCUUUCGCCCGCCCACGCA